AUGAGAGCCAAAGGUCAAGGCCUCUUAUAUCAACUAAAAAGUUUUAACUUUGUAUUUUGCUUAAAUAUGAUGCACCCCAUUUUGCAAAUUGUAUUAAAAGUAAGCUCUUUUUUACAAACGCCAAACUUGGAAUUAUUAACUGCAAUUGAAUCUAUAAAAUCUUUAAAAGUGUCUUUAAAUUCAUUAAGAAACUCUCCUAUUGAUUAUCAACUUAUUUUUGAAAAUACAGAAAAAAUGUGCAAAGAAAUAAAUAUAGAAAUUCCAACAGUGAAAAAAAAAACUAUACCAAGAAAAUUAGAUGAUAAUAAAAAUCAACAUUUAUUUGAAACCAAAUAUGAUGAACUCAGAGUGCUGGUAUUUUAUUAUACUUUGGACACACUAUGUCAAGGAUUAGACACUAGAUUUAAACAAGAUACAUUAGACUUAAUACAUGCUGUUGGAAUGUUGACAAAUUUAAGCACUGAGAUAGAAACUACAAGUUAUGAUUUAUUGUCUAAAUAUUUUGGUAUUUUAACUGAAGAAUUGCGCGCUGAAGUUAAAAUUUUAAGUGCUAUUAAAACUAAAACACCAAAGGGAACAAAUUCUGUUUCAGUGUUUAAUUAA